UAUUGUUCAAUCAUAUUUAUAGUUAACAGUAAAAAUUUUAAAUUUGCAAACAAUGGAGAUGUUUGUGUGUGUUUCUUAAUAAAAAGAAGAAAUAUUUUAUAAAUUGUAAGAUUCUAAAAUGCAUUUUUGAAAGGAUACAGUGACAGGAGUAUCUGUAUCAUUUCUUAAGAAUGUUCAUAUACAGAGAAAUUAAAAUUAGAGUAUAUGUGAACACGCGUUUCCAUAAUAUAAGAUACUUGUUAUUUUAAGUCAAGUACAUAUACCUUUUCACAAGCCAAGGUCAUUCUCAUGUAUGUUUACAACCAUUGCAAGGAUAAUGACCGAUCUUUCGUAGCAUACAUACUUUUUAAAUUUCGUUUUAUAAACAUUGUUUAAACCAGAUUAAUAAUCAUGGAGUAUGCGAGAAGCAUAAACGAAUAUUAUACUAAUCUCGAAUAUGGUAUAAAUGAUAAAAAGGAAGCACUAAAGAGAAUAUCCAAUUUAUAUUUGGAAUUAGACUUUGAAGAUGUUAAUAAUUUUGCAGUCAGGCGAAUUUAAGAAUAAAUCUAGCUUAAUCGCAUCGUUGAUGGCUACAAUUUUUAAUAUAAGUUUAGAAUCAGAAGUGCAACUAUUUUUGGAAAAUGCUAUCAUUAAAAAUUCGGAGGUACAAAAUGCUAUACACAAAGACACUAAAAUUCUAAUUUCAGAGCAAAAGAUUGAUAUGAUACUUCUUGAAGAAUCAGAUUUGUAUGCAUUUAUUAGCUAUUUGAAAAUUAAAAACGUUGUGUCUUGUUUAAAUAAAAUUUGGGUCCAAAUAUCAAUAAAAAAGGCUUUUCAAUGGCAUAUAAGGAAAUAUUUUGGACAUUUAAAUGUUCCCAUUCAUAUAUUUCAAUCAAAGCAAGAAUUACUUUCAUCAGAAAUGUUUUGUAUGGAAUUUAGGAUGUUUUCCAUAUGGUCAGAAGAUAUUGUAGGUGCAAGAAAUUUAGCCAUGUCCGUGAAGGGACAUGUUGUAUUCAUAAAUACACAUAUGAAUUUUUGCGCUAGUAUCUUAUUACCUUACGCAAAACUACUUGACCUUAUAUUUCGUUAUGAAGAUAAAUCUGAUUGUGAAUGCUUAAUAAAUUCAGAAACAGAUACAAGUUAUAAUCUGUUUUCUAACAAAUAUAAUUUGUUUUAUAAUGGCAUGUGGCAAAAACCUGUAACAAAUACAUAUUGGAAAUAUAAUGAUAUGUUAUUGGCAAAUGCAACAAGUGAAGAUAUGAAGAGAUGUGUACAGUCAGCUGUACAAGGAUUUAAAAUUUGGAGUGCUAAAUCCAUUAAUUCUAGAAUGCAUGUAUUAUCCCAGCUUGCAUUAAUAUUAGAAUACAAGAAUGAAUCUUUAUUAGCGGAUAUAGUAUCAAAAUGGUUAAAAUUGCAAUAUUUUUCUAUUAAUCAAUUGACUCACCAUGAAACUGAAUUUAAACAACAAAAAUUUGAAAUAACAAAAGUUCGUAUACCAAGAGGUAUUAUUCUUCUUGAAGAGAAAGAUAAAGUUACUAUGUUUCGUGAAUUAACACAAAGUUUAAUUACUGGCAAUUCUGUUAUUGUGGUAUGUAAUCCAGAUUUGUGUAUUCUACCACUUUAUUGCGACAUAUUUUCAACAGCUACAAUACCACCGGGUGUUAUAAAUUUCUUGUCAAGUAAAUUUGUAAAGAACGUUAAUUAUGAUGAACUUGCAACAUUAAACCCAGAGGAAGUAUAUACAUAUCUUACUAUGAACAAGCAUAUUGUAGUUUGCCUUCAAUAAUUUUGAUAACAUAGCACGUAUCUCAAUGUUAUCGAGUUAUUAGAGAUUUAAUUAAGAUUUAAUAUCAUUUUAUAGAACAUACAC